ACUCUAUUACAUAAGAAACAUAUUUUAUAAGAUAAAGUUAAUUUUCAUUCAUAAUUUUUUAUUUUAUAUAUGUGUUUACUGCACCUGAAAAUCCAUUAUCACUAUCAUUUCCCAAAAGCGGAGCAUGAAGCUCAACGCGAAUUGACAGUUGUUUGUCAUGUCUGUUAGUAUUAGUACAAUUCAGGCAAUUUUUCCUCUCAUGCAUUAGUAUGUGUGUGGUAUUGACGUUUGUUUGUUUUGGAGUCAAUUCAGAAGUCGCAAGUGAUAUGGAUGCCGAAAUUUUUAUUUCGCUGCUAUGGAACAAGUUAAGUGAUAAACCUUUCUGAUCAAAGCGAAGCAAUGGUCACAGGCGCACGAGGGCAUCAUGGAGUAUAUUACCUUGGAUUGUGUUAUUAACGACAACUUCCCUUAUUCGAAAUCAGUAUUGAUCGAGAUCAAGGAUGUGACACAAAUUUCCAACUGGUUCAUCAAGGGCAAAAUUUUGAGCGACUUCAUCGAGCUGAAUGUGAAGUUCGACCUGACCCGGAACACGAUCGACGAUGAGGUGUCCGCAACUCGACUCGAGGAACUCAAACCAAAACUGUCCGAUCUGUGCUCGGCGAUCAAGAUGUUCCCCUGUCCGACACAAAAGUAUCGGUUCAGAUAGAGCGAAAUCACCCAGUUGUUGGCAUUUCUGAUACGUCAUUCAUCGCCCAGGAUCCGCUUAUUAACAGCUGUGCGUUGAAGCGAAAUGCGUUCGAGAAGCUGCCCUUGCUCCAGGAGUACGUGCACCAGGAAUUGCGAUUGCGACAUAUGUAUGCUGAGCGCGUUUCUGGACGAAGAGAUAGUGAGAUAGUGUUUGAAGGAAAAUUACUAUGUAAUUUUAAUCGUAAGAAUUAUUACUGCAAUGGUGGAAUAAAAUAGACAGUCUAGAAUGGAUGAAUAAGCAUAUAUUCUCUCGUAGGUAAAUUCUAAGGAUAAUCACAGGAACUGAACACAUACCACAUAUAAUUUAGUAUAGACCCCCCCCCCCCCCCAGCUUGUUACGAAAUGAUAUAAUUAUUGGUUCAUCAAAUUGUACAUUUUUCUCUAACCGUUUUUCUGAGACUGUUGAAAAAAUAUGUGGCAACAGAGCGUGUGAAAUAAAUCAUGCUAGUUGUGUAUGUUUGGAAAUAAAAAAAACUUAGCGUGUGGAUAAGUACACCGCAACUGGACUAAAGUUAGUUUUUUUGUAAUACUGUUUAUUACAGCCAGUUUUUUUUCCAGGAGGUUUUUCAUGUAUAUUUAUUAUAAGAACACCGCUCUGAUGUGCGAGUAGUGUACGCGAGGCCUGGCGUGCCACACCCCGGCCGAAUGUACUCUCCAAUGGACACAAAUUUGGGAAGGCUCGUGGUUGCCGCAGCAGUUGUGGUUUCAGGAUUUUCCAUAUGCAAUCAGCUGCAUGUAGCUGAAAUAUUUGCAAUGUUUACCUGUCAUUCCACUAUACAAAUAAAUGCAUGUAUGUGUAUGUGAAUGAUGUACGGUUUUGUGUA